AUGGCUUCCUCGAAACCCAUCCGCAAGGUCCUCAUCUCGGGCGCGGGGGACAUCUCGGUGCUCAGCGUCAUCGACGCGACCAUCGACCCCCCCAAGGCCGGCGAGGUCCAGGUCCGCCCGCUGUACUCUGGCUUCUCCGGGGCCGACAUCAACAUGCGCGAGGGCGUCUACCCGAUGCAGAAAAAGGCGCCCCUGACACCGGGCUACUCCCUCGUCGGCACCGUCGUCGCCCUCGGGCUCGGGACCAGCAAUUCUUCAGCCACAGGUGGCCGGCCCCUCCAGCCGGGCCAGCUCGUCGCCAGCCUGACGGUCUACGACGCACAGGCCCAGCUCGUCAACCUCCCCGAGAAGUACCUCAUCCCCGUCCCGGACGCCGUCGACCCGCAGUCCGCCACGGCCGUGAUGCUCGACUGGACCACCGCCUUGGGCCUCGUCGAGCACGCCAAGGUCCGCGCCGGCCAGCGCGUCUUCGUGCACGGCAUGAGCGGCGCUGUCGGCUGGGCCCUCCUGACCCUCUGCCGGCUCCGCGGGGCCGCCGUGUACGGCACCGCCUCGGCGUCCAAGCAUGACCUCAUCCGCAAGGAGGGGGGCACGUCCUUUGUCUACACCGACAAGCGCUGGAUGCAGGCGAUGCGGGAGCUCGGCGGGGCCCACGUCGUCUUUGACGCCCUCGGCUUCGAGAGCUGGGGCGAGUCAUACGAUAUCCUGAAGCGCAAGACGUCGCCGGCCGCACCGGUAAAGGGAGGCGACUCCUCCCCCUCCGCCGGGCUCGAGAGUGGCGGCCUCCUCGUCGGCUACGGCGGAAACCUGCACAACCUCACCAAGCCCACACCAACACCCCAAGAAGACGGCAAGAGCAAAGGAUCCGCCGCCGCCGCCACGCCGGCCCAAUCCCAGGUCUCGGGCAUCGUCAAGCUGCUCGCCCUCAACGCGAAGCUGUGGGACUCGCGCUCCACCUCCUUCUGGUACAUCUCCCGCGACGACAAGAGCUUCCGCCCCAACGUCGAGAAGCUCUUCGCCAUGCUCGCCGCGGGCGAGCUCAAGAUCCCCAUCAAGCAGGUCUGGGACAUGGAGGACAUCAGGCAGGCCCACACCUCGUGGGGUAAAGGUGACGGGGUCGGGAGUAUUCUGAUCAAGGUUAAUGAUGAGUGA